GGUCGAGGCGGGUGCGGGUUACGAGAGCUGGGCGGACACAGCGAAGGGUGGGCGCGAACGGACUGACGGGCGGACGGCAGGAUGUUCAGCUGGAUGGGGCGGCAGGCCGGCGGGCGCGAGCGCACGGGCGGCGCGGACGCGGUGCAGACGGUGACGGGCGGCCUGCGCUCGCUCUACCUGCGCAAGGUGCUGCCGCUGGAGGAGGCGUACCGCUUCCACGAGUUCCACUCGCCCGCGCUGGAGGACGCCGACUUCGACAACAAGCCCAUGAUCCUGCUGGUGGGCCAGUACAGCACGGGCAAGACCACCUUCAUCAGGUACUUACUGGAGCAAGACUUCCCGGGCAUGAGGAUCGGCCCGGAGCCCACCACUGAUUCCUUCAUCGCUGUGAUGUAUGGGGACACCGAGGGCAGCACCCCAGGGAAUGCUUUGGUUGUGGACCCCAAAAAGCCAUUUCGAAAACUUAGUCGCUUUGGAAACGCUUUCCUUAAUCGAUUCAUGUGCUCCCAGCUGCCCAAUCAGGUCCUGCAGAGCAUCAGCAUCAUCGACAGCCCCGGCAUCCUGUCCGGGGAGAAGCAGCGCAUCAGCCGAGGGUACGACUUCUGCCAGGUCCUGCAGUGGUUCGCCGAGCGGGUCGACAGGAUCAUCCUGCUCUUCGAUGCUCACAAACUGGACAUCUCAGAUGAGUUCUCGGAGGCCAUCAAGGCCUUCCGGGGCCAGGACGACAAGAUCCGCGUGGUGCUGAACAAGGCCGACCAGGUGGACACGCAGCAGCUGAUGCGCGUCUAUGGGGCCCUCAUGUGGUCCCUGGGCAAGGUCAUCAACACGCCCGAGGUGCUGCGCGUCUACAUCGGCUCCUUCUGGGCGCAGCCCCUGCAGAACACCGACAACCGCAGGCUCUUUGAGGCUGAGGCCCAGGACCUCUUCAGAGACAUCCAGAGCCUUCCACAGAAGGCAGCAGUGCGCAAACUCAACGACCUCAUCAAGCGGGCGAGGCUGGCCAAGGUACAUGCCUACAUCAUCAGUUACCUGAAGAAGGAGAUGCCAAGUGUAUUUGGAAAGGAAAACAAGAAGAGAGAGCUCAUCAGCAGACUACCGGAAAUCUACGUUCAGCUGCAGCGAGAAUACCAGAUCUCUGCAGGAGACUUCCCGGAGGUCACGGUCCUGCAGGAGCAGCUUGAGAACUACGACUUCACCAAGUUCCACUCACUGAAGCCCAAGCUGAUCGAGGCCGUGGACAACAUGCUGAGCAACAAGAUCUCGUCCCUGAUGAACCUCGUCAGCCAGGAGGAGAUGAGCAUGCCCACGCAGCUCGUGCAGGGUGGCGCCUUCGAUGGCACCACCGAGGGCCCCUUCAACCAGGGCUACGGGGAGGGCGCCGGGGAGGGCGCCGACGAGGAGGAGUGGGUCGUGGCCAAAGACAAGCCCAUCUACGACGAGCUCUUCUACACCCUGUCUCCCAUCAACGGCAAGAUAUCAGGCGUCAACGCCAAGAAGGAGAUGGUGACCUCCAAGCUGCCCAACAGCGUCCUGGGUAAGAUCUGGAAGCUGGCCGACUGCGACUGCGACGGCAUGCUGGACGAGGAGGAGUUCGCACUAGCCAAGCACCUCAUCAAGAUCAAGCUCGAUGGCUACGAGCUGCCCAACAGCCUGCCCUCCCACCUCGUGCCCCCCUCUCACAGGAAGUCCCUGCCAAAGGACGACUGAGGUGUGGGCCGUGAGAUGAGGUGGGAUUCGGGGGGACCGGACCUGAGGCCCGCUCUGCCACUAACUCGCCGAGUGACUUUGGGCAAGGCACUGCCCUCUCCGUGCCUCAGUUUCCCCAUCUGCAGAAUGGGGAGGUCAGACUCCAGACACUAGAUGGUCUCUAAGGUCCUUUCACCUCUAAAAUUCCCUAAGUUUCUAUUAAAAUAUUGGAGGGGGGGAAGGUAAAGAAAGUGAAGGAUUUAAAAGAGAAGGAAAUUGUCCAAAGAAUACUCAGAAGCCCGGAAAAGCAUAGGUGAGGAGGGGGGCUUUACAGAACCCCCGGAACCACGGGAAGUGAGCUGGGGGUGGGGAAGGGGGACUCUCGGGAGCAGCUGAGGCCUGGGCUUCAUGCAGGCUGUUUAUUAUCAUGAACAACUUCUGUCUGUCCCUCAGAGGACACCAGGAGGGAGAAAAGAGGAUGUUUAUUUUGUUUCUUCCAUAAAAAGAGUGGAAAUAUAGAGUGGAGAGAGCUUCUGCUGUCUCCAAACUGUCUACCAGAGAAGACGGCCGCCCCGAGGUUUGCAAGAAGGAUAAGUCUGCGUCUGUGCAUCUGUGCAUCUGUGCAUCUGUGCGUGCCCCGCCCCUCCUCCGGGCUCCGGCAGGACCGUCUGUCAGGCCAGCAGAAGCUCUCGAGUCCCAGCGCCCUGCUGCCCAGUCUGCCCGGGCCUCCCUCCCGGGGCCUUCCCAGGAAAGCUGUAAUUUGGUUGGAAACUGGGAAUUCACAAACUUCAUUAACCCCUGGCGAGAUUUCUAGUAUGCCUUUCCAGUCAUGUUGAACUAUGAAGAUUAGCUUUUCUUACUAGUCUGUCCAGUAAUGUGCAGCCAAGUCUGUUUAUCACAAUUAAACUACUGUAAAGAAAACAAGCGGUUCUCCUCAGCCCUCUUAGUGUGUCCUCAGCUGUUAAAUGCCCAAGGCCCCUGGGUUGAAGGUAGAAUUUAAAUUCAGCAAAAACAUCUCAUGGUGUGUGCAGUGCCCUAGAUCCGUGGACACAGAAGUGAGGGCAGAAGAGAUCCGUCUACUACAGUUAGACGCUAUUUUUGUAGAAAACGGGCAUUUUUAUUAUGUCCACUUUUGUGGGGUUUUGUGUUAUUUUUUUUUUCCUUACUAGAUAAAAAGCUUUAUACAGAACAGGUUGGAAUUUUUCACAUAAAACCUUUUCUUCCAAAGGCUGUGUGAUUUGUAUCACAAAUGGCCAUCCCUGGGCAGGAUUCAAGCCCUUGUCUUUACUUUGGCUCCUGAGUAUUCUUUCCCCAAAACCUCUCUGGUUCAUUCAUUCAGAUUCCUGUGUCGGGUGGAGGAGCUCAGUUCUCACCACCACCGCCGGCAUCCCUGCGGUGGGUGCACCAGCCCGGGGGUACCUGCUUUUCAUCAUGACUUAAUGCAAGAAGAAAGAGGCAGAAACUAGUGAUGGGCUGCGUGGCGUGGGGUCCUGCCGGCACAGGAAACAAGGGAAAGCAGAACUCCCACGUGACCCUCCCAAAAAUCAUAUACUUUUUUCUGUCACUCUGGCAACAUCAGGGUUAGAACUUUUUAUUUAAGAGAAAAUAUUUAUUUGGAGGUAGCAUUUAUCCGGACCCCAACCCUCACACUCUCUAACUCAGUAUCUAAAUAAUUUAGAGUUUUAAGAGAAUUAAAUACAUACUAUGAUUUUUUUAUCUCAAUGAAUACUUUUAAGUUAAUUAGACACAUAGAAAAGAAACCUUUAUAAUUCCAGUACUGUCAUAGGAGCAGAUAGUUGUGUGCAUUCUGAGGACUCCCCAACUGUGUCAGUCCUGUAGAGACCACAAAAGCAAAAUUGAGAGAGAAGGAAAAAGGGAGUUCAUUUGUCCAGAAGUUUAGAGACGCCAAGGUUCACUGACUUUCCACUUAGAAUAAUUUUGCUCCUUCAACUCUGCUCAAUUGUCAUACAGAAACAUAAAUGUAUACACAUGUCUAUGUCAUGAGUGCAUGGUUUUUAAAACUUGUCAUUGUAUAUAUAUAUGUAGAUAUGAUCACAUUUUGUCUAUGUAGAGAUGUGUAGAAAAACUUUUUGAGGCGGUCAGCAGGCUAAGGUUGCUGGUUUCUUUGUGGAAUGAAACUUCUCGGGGCACUGUGAGCUCCCCAAUUCCUCACCCUGAGCUGAGAACAUCAGGUGGGAGAGACAUCAGGCAGCUGAGUCCUUUCCCCUCUGGGACCUGGUGGUGUUCUUGAAACAAAAAAUGGAAACCAUGUGUCUGUUUUUCUUAACAUCUCCUCACACUAUUAAGUCAUUGGUCACAAAAAGUUGAUGGAAAGGAAAACACUGGAAAACUUUAGGGAUAUUUCCUUGAGUCUGUGUCAAAAUGCCUGCUCUCCCACCCCCUCCUCGCAGCAGGGCUGGGGGGCAGCAGCCCUCUGGGAUCUGCUCACCCUGAUUGUAUGCCCCUUUCCACAGACCACCCCAGUUCUCAAAGAAUGUUCACAUCGGGUGGGAGGGUGGAAGUAAGCAAACUCUAGAACUAUAAAACCAUCCUGGUGCACCCCGUGAUUCCACAGAAGACAUCUAAGAAUCUUGAAGCCCUGUUUUCUGCCUGGUAUCACAUGACACUAAUCUGCAGUGUUGAGUUUAGAGGAGAAAGUGACAACUUCAGCCUGCUCCUCCCAAAGUCAACUUCCGAGCUGUAAGCCUGCCAACGAGGCCCUUCUAAACCAGCUUUCUGGAGGGACAUUGCACUGUUUAGACUCUCCUAAGCUCUGUGCCUCAUGCCCCAGCCCAGGAUCAUAUAUCAAUGCUUUUGUCUCAAAACUAAACUCACUGCACACUUGGCCCAGGGAGUGGGGUGGAGCACCCCUCUUCCCUGGGUGGGGCUUUCACAUCUCCAGGGCUGGACUUGGUUCUCUUUUUGACGCUGGUCAUUUUGCAGCAAUAGCAUCUUUGGAUCGGGGGCUGUGGUUCCAUCCACAGGACCGUGGGCCUUGAGGAGCUGAGUUCUGAUUAUCCAUCGGGGGACUGGAUAUCCAGAGAGGUCAGAGAGCAUUUGAAGAGAAGCCAAAUGUCCCCUGCGCUUCACCAAUACCCAAGAGGCCUCUUCAGAGCCCUGGCCCACUGCCCCUGACCACAGCCCUGCCCCUGGAUCUGCGGGGCCUCCUACAGGAGCCGCCCCUUUGCUGCACCGGGAGGGUCUGGAUGAAUCCACCCCAAAGGGCAGGGUGUAGCCACGUGAGUCAGCCUGCAUGGGUCCUGCCAGGUCCUUUCUUUCCAUAUUGCACAGUUAACACUUUUUCACUAUGCCCAGCAGGAAUCUGAAGAUAAGUAAAGCAUUUCACUGUUUAUUUCCUCCACGGAAGAACAACAUUCUUAGAACAGAUAAUCCCUGAGUUUACUCAGGUAAAUGCAGGCCUGACCGACAGUCUCUAAGGUUACAUGUCAGUUAACCCAUGCAGUUAAUACACUAUGCUUCUAUUAUUUUUUUUUAAUAUAUAAUCUUGUUUAGAAAUGUCAAACAAACAAAAAAGACAGAGUCUACUGAUCAAUAAACCUCUGAAAAACAAA